AUGGCCCAAGCCGAGAAUGCACCACACCCUACGAACGAUCGUACGCGCAUCGUGACAGGAUGGGGGGAGCGGCGGAGAAAACAGCUCACCAUCCGCUCCUUACGGGUGCAUAGAAAUACCCACAUCCCGAGCUCUCAAGAUGGCGAGAGGUGCCGUCAGCACGCCUCGUCCUCAUAUCCCUCCUCGUGUUUUACUGCUCCCAUCACUUAUGCAGAAGCCCAUUCCACGGGGUGCAGUAUCUCCUCGCGGCGCCACCAAGUGUCAGGGAUGGAGCUGGCGUGUGCAUUGUCCCCUGAGUUGAAGGUUGCCAUAGUCCCAUCCUUGCCGCGGAAGAGGAGAGGGGCACAUGUGAGCAGGCGGAGGAAGAUCAGCCAUUCCACAGUGAAACAAAAGGGUCAGCUGAAGCUGUCCAUCGACAUGCAGGGCAGGCUCCUUGUGUUGCACAUUAUGGAAGCAAAGGGCCUGAUGGGAAAAGAGUACCGGACAUGCAACUCCUAUGUGAAGAUGUCUGUAGUACCAGAUACUGAUCGGAAAUGCAGGCAAAAAACCAAGACUGUUCCAGACAGCAAAAAUCCCAUCUUCCACGAGCACUUCCUCUUCCCCGUUCAAGAAGAAGAUGAACACAAGCGUCUUCUGGUUACAGUUUGGAACCAAGAGAGGAAUUCCAGGUAAAGCCAGUGCCGGGACAGGGCUGGGAUUGGAAUGCUGCUGAGCCAUCUCUUUAACAAGGUUUGGAAAGGCUGGAGAAGGGAUAAAAAUACCAUCUGCUCUGGCCA